AUGGUCCCGCGGAAGGAAGAUGAUUCUGGAACGCCAGGAAAAGGGAAACCGUUUUCGGUGUCGUUUUCCACUGCGCCCAAAAGGGCAUCAAAUAUCCCGCAGAAUUCGAGGCCUCACUCAUCACUGCGGCAACGACCGCGACAUUUAACACACCAUGAUGAUGGAUCCGAGGAAGAAGACACAGACCCCGUUCACGAAGAAGUAACUGGGUUCGAUACUAGUGCAGGCGGCGCAAUCAGCAAGGAUGCAGUUUCAAAGGACAAAGGUCCUCUCGUCAUACAUGUGGAAAGCAAAAAUAAUUGGCGUGAUCGACCAGGGACAAACCGUAGAGGCAAGAACUUACUCCCACAAGAAGUGCAAGCGGCUGGAAAAGAAGCGGUUGUGGAGACCGAAACACCAAGUAUAUCGUACGGUCUUAGUCUUGCUCCGUCGAAUGAUAUUAUUCAAGGGAAGGAAGCGGAUGUAUCUAUGGUCGAUGCUGUUUCCGCUCCCCAAUCUCGAGAACCUCUGACGCAAGAUGAGAUCGCGCUGCAGGCACUCAUACGUGAGAGCGAGGGUGGCGAUAAGGAAAGGCGACCUGACCUGGUCAUAGAGUCUGUCAACCCGGAGGCGAGGUACGACGAAACGAGUUCGUUCCGUGCAGACGUCGCAACACGUCCGGAUCCAGCGAGCUUGGACGCAUACGAUGCAGUUCCCGUCGAGGAGUUUGGCGCUGCUUUACUGCGAGGCAUGGGAUGGAAAGACGGACAAGCAAUCGGCCGUGGAAAUUAUGGGAACACGAGCGCAGCAAAUCAAGUUCGCAUACCCCAACGUCGUCCAGGUUUUCUAGGGAUUGGCGCCAAAGAUAUUUCUGGCGGGAAAGGCGCAGAAGUAGAAAUCGGCGCGUGGGGAAAGGCUGCUAUGCGCAAGGGAUCGAGGAAAGCUGGUGAUGGCAGCGGCAGCGCAGCGGGAGUCUACAUGCCUAUCGUCAUGAAAAGUAAGACGACAGGUGAGCACCUGACCGAAGAGGAAUUUAAGAUUCUUCAAAAAGAGGCCAGCGAAGGGAAAGCAAGGGAGAAGCUGGAUGGCGAACGCUCGUCUCAUCGUUCCAUCACCAAUGGCAGAGAGAGAGAUAGAGAUCAUCGUUCGCAUCGCUAUGACGACGAAAGUGAUACCGAUCGAGAGCGCAGUAGGAAAUACAGGAAAUCAUAUUCUUCACGUAGAGAGCGGAGUCGAUCUUCUGGAGCUCAUGACCGUCGAAGCUAUCGGUACGAUGAUGAUGAUAGGGAGAGAUCUUCGCGAGAUACUCGCCGUUACCGUGAUAGGGACGAUGGCGAUCACAGAAGGCCAAUUUCUAGAGAUCGAAGUCAUCGGGAUCAAACCCAUUCGAAGCGCGAUAAGGAUUAUCAUCGGACUCGAGACAGACAUCUUGAUUCUGAUCGUGUGCGCUCGGACAGAGAUAGAGAUAAGGGUGGGCAUAGGGCUUAUAAAUAG